AUGGGUGACAAGGAAGAGCCGCCAGCGAUUCGCAGAACACACAGCGGUCAUGAAUGGGGAGGCGAGUCUGCAGAAAAGGUAUCCCAUCCUUCGACCCAGGAGGUGGCCUGGGAUGAGCCAGCUGAUCCUGCGCGACCGGUGAACUGGUCGAGAACCAAGAAAUGGUGGAAUAUGGGAAUCAUCUCAUAUCUCACCUUUCUCACACCCUUGACCUCGUCCAUCGUCGCACCAGCACAGGGGCUCGUAAUGAAAGAAUUCGGUUCCACCAACCGGACUCUAACUUCCUUCGUCGUCUCCAUCUACCUCGUCGGCUUCGCCGUCGGACCGCUGUUUCUGGCGCCGCUCUCGGAAAUCUAUGGUCGGCUGCGCGUCUACCAGGUGGGCACGUUAAUCUUUACCGUCUGGAAUAUCGCAGGCGCUCUCUCCCCGAACGUCGGUGCGCUUCUCGUCUUUCGCCUGUUCGCUGGAAUUUCCGGCAGCAGUCCGGUCACCCUGGGCGCGGGCUCGGUCGCGGACAUGUUUGCUCGAGAGGAGCGUGGAGUCGCCAUGUCCAUCUAUGGGCUGGGCCCGCUCCUGGGCCCCGUCAUUGGGCCGAUCGCAGGUGGCUACCUUUCCGAAGCACAAGGCUGGCGAUGGGUCUUCUGGUUGUUAGCCAUUGUGGUCAGUGGCGUCUUCGAUCCGUUCACUCGUGGUCCAAACUCACUCGUUCAUCGAUAUAGUCAGGAGUCGCCGUUAUUCUGGUUAUCUUUGUGCUAUCCAAAUCCUACGAGCCGGUUCUCCUGCGGCAAAAAGCGAAUCGAGUCCGAAACGAAACCGGAUCGGGGGCAGAACGCUGGACGGGCCCUGAAGCUGGACUCUAAGAAGGUUUUCAUCCAAGCAAUAACCAGACCAACUAAAUUACUCUUUCUUACUCCAAAUGUUGCCUUGUUCUCUCUAUACACAGGCGUGGUUUUCGGCUACCUCUACCUGCUCUUCACCACGGUCACGGAAGUAUACGAAACCACCUACCAUUUCAGCCAGGGCGCCACCGGACUUGUGUACAUCGGCAUUGGUGUCGGAGCCCUCAUUGGUAUCUCCUGCUUCGGCGCCUUUUCCGACCGGAUCCAAAAUCGCCUCAUCGCCCGAAACAAUGGCCAACCGGAGCCAGAAUUCCGGCUCCCGCCGCUCAUCCCAGGGAGCUUCCUGAUACCCAUCGGUCUCUUCUGGUACGGCUGGUCCGCCCAGAUGCAUGUCCACUGGAUCAUGCCCAUUAUUGGACUGAGCUGGGUCGCCUGCGGGAUGAUCGCCACCCUGCUUCCCAUCCAAGCGUAUCUGGUGGACGCGUUUGGCGAAUACGCUGCCUCCGCCAUCGCGGCUAAUACGGUCGUACGGUCCAUUGUCGGAGCCUUCCUGCCGCUUGCCGGACACUCGAUGUAUGCGAAGCUGGGGCUGGGAUGGGGGAACUCCUUACUGGGGUUUGUCGCCUUGUGUUUGCUGCCGGUGCCGGUGGUGUUCUACUUUUAUGGCAAGAAGAUCCGCAUGAACUCACGGUAUCAGGUCUCGGCGUGA